AUGGAUCUAAAGACAGCAGUCUUCAACGCAGCUCGUGAUGGCAAGCUGCGGCUCCUUUCCAAGCUACUGGCGAGCAAAACAAGGGAAGAGGUGGCCCAACUGAUGUCAGAAAAAACCAAUGGUGCCACACCACUUCUGAUGGCAGCCCGCUAUGGUCACCUCGACAUGGUGGAAUACUUGUUGGACCAUUGCUCUGCCUCGAUAGAGGUUGGUGGCUCGGUGAAUUUUGAUGGUGAGACCAUCGAGGGGGCUCCGCCGUUGUGGGCAGCGUCAGCCGCCGGCCACUUGAAGGUUGUUCAGUGUCUGUUGGAUCAUGGUGCGUCUGUCAACAACACGACACUGACAAAUUCGACACCACUUAGAGCUGCCUGUUUUGAUGGUCACCUGGAAAUAGUCAAAUACCUUGUGGAGCACAAAGCAGACCUGGAAGUAUCAAACCGUCACGGGCAUACGUGCUUGAUGAUCUCAUGUUACAAAGGCCACAAAGAAAUUGCUCAGUAUUUACUUGAAAAAGGAGCUGAUGUGAAUAGAAAAAGUGUUAAAGGAAAUACAGCACUACAUGACUGUGCAGAAUCUGGAAGUUUGGAGAUAAUGAAGAUGCUUCUCAAGUAUUGUGCUAAAAUGGAAAAGGAUGGUUAUGGAAUGACUCCCCUUCUGUCAGCCAGUGUGACAGGCCACACAAAUAUAGUGGACUUUCUGACCCAGCAUGUACAGACUAGUAAGGCUGAGCGCAUAAAUGCCCUGGAACUUCUAGGAGCAACAUUUGUGGACAAAAAGAGAGAUCUGCUUGGUGCUUUGAAAUACUGGAAAAGAGCUAUGGAAAUGAGAUACAGUGAUAGGACUAAUAUCCUCAGCAAACCUGUGCCACAAACACUGAUUAUGGCUUAUGAUUAUGCUAAAGAGGUAAACAGCUCAGAAGAGCUAGAAAAUCUUAUUGCAGACCCAGAUGAAAUGAGAAUGCAAGCGUUAUUAAUUAGAGAACGUAUUCUUGGCCCUUCUCAUCCAGAUACAUCCUACUAUAUUAGAUACAGAGGGGCUGUGUAUGCAGACUCCGGAAACUUCAAGCGUUGCAUCAAUUUAUGGAAGUAUGCUUUGGACAUGCAGCAGAGCAAUCUAGAUCCGCUGAGCCCUAUGACAGCCAGCAGUUUGCUGUCAUUUGCUGAACUUUUCUCCUUCAUGCUUCAGGAUAGGGCAAAAGGCCUGCUAGGCACUACUGUCACUUUUGAUGAUCUAAUGGGUAUACUGUGCAAAAGCGUUCUUGAAAUAGAACGGGCCAUGAAGCAAACCCAGUGUCUUCCUGAUCCAGUACAGCUGAACAAAGCCCUUUCCAUCAUCUUGCAUUUAAUUUGCUUGUUGGAGAAAGUACCUUGCAGCUCAGAACAGGAACAUUUUAAGAAACAAACUAUUUACAAGUUUCUUAAGCUUCAGCCUAGAGGAAAGAAUAACUUCAGUCCACUUCACCUUGCUGUCGACAAUAAUACUACGUGUGUUGGUCGUUACCCAGUUUGUAAAUUCCCCUCUUUACAAGUCACUGCUAUCCUGGUGGAAUGUGGUGCUGAUGUAAAUGUCAGAGACUCUGAUAACAACAGUCCAUUGCACAUUGCUGCACUGAACAACCAUCCAGACAUCAUGAAUCUUCUUAUCAAGUCAGGUUCACAUUUCGAUGCCACAAACUCAUGUAAACAAACAGCUAGUGAUUUGCUGGAUGAGAAGGAAAUAGCAAAGAAUUUAAUCCAGCCCAUAAAUCAUACUACUUUGCAGUGUCUUGCUGCUCGUGUAAUAGUGAAUCAUAACAUAUGCUAUGCAGGGCAUAUCCCAGAGAAACUAGAGAACUUCGUUUUGCUCCAUAGAUGAUGUGUGGCAUUCCACAGCACUGUUUUUGAAGCACGACAUAGUGAUACACCAGCGUUCCUUUAGCUUGCUAC